CUACACCUCGUCACCUUCUUCUUGUGUCAUUCUCUUCCAUUUUCCUCCUUCCUCCCUCUAUUCUCUCUUCUCCUCUCUGCCCUUUUCUUCUUGCUGAGCAUACUAAUCAUGGUGGAAUGAUUACUGCAACACUUUCUAAAAGCUCUUUCACAAAGAUGGGUUCUGGCUCGAAAGUGGGAAAUAGCAGUCUUGAUUACUCCUUUAAAGUGUUGUUGAUUGGCGAUUCUGGGGUUGGCAAGAGCAGUCUUCUUCUCAGCUUCAUCUCUAAGUCUGUUCAGGACCUCUCACCCACAAUUGGCGUGGACUUCAAGAUCAAGCUCCUUACAAUUAGUGGCAAAAGAUUGAAACUUACUAUUUGGGACACAGCGGGCCAGGAGAGGUUUGGAACAGUGAUAAGCUCUUACUACAGAGGUGCGCAUGGAGUCAUUCUUGUCUAUGAUGUGACACGGCGCGAAACAUUUAAAAACUUGGAGGACUUAUGGGCGAAAGAAGUUGAACUCUACAGCACUAAUUCUGAGUGCAUCAAAGUUCUAGUUGGGAAUAAGGUGGAUAAGGAUAGCGAAAGAGUUGUAACCAAGGAAGAGGGUAUGGCUCUUGCACAGAAACAUAGAUGCUUGUUCGUAGAGUGUAGUGCUAAAACUAGAGAAAAUGUUCAGCAAUGCUUUGAUGAUCUCUCCUUGAAGAUGUUAGAGGUACCGAGUUUACGUGAAAAAGGGUCUGUACUAGUGAAGAAACAGAAGCAAAAGCACGCAUAUGAGAUGAUGCAUCGAGGUGGAGGCUGUUGUUUAGAGUAAAUAUGCUGCAACAAGAAGAUACAUUAGAUUCCACACUAGAGAUACUAUAUCUCAGCAGAUUUUGUUACUAGCAACAGGAAGAAUUUUAUUACACGACCGAAUAGUCCACAAGAUUAUUAUCCUUUUGAUAUUUAUUCAAGCCUGGUGUCAUAAAUUACUCAAGCAGCUGGUCCAGAUGGGUUAUCUACUCUUUUAUUCUCAGCCAGUCUGGUUGUUUAGAUGAUCAUAACAUGUGCUUUAGCUUUGGGAAAAUGUCAAGUACAUGAUAUGUAAAUAUGUCUUAUAUCCAUUUUAAAUGUGUGAAAGUAAGUAUUGGAUCUGUCUUGUCAGGAUAAGUCAGAGAAAUAUACGUUUUUACUUUUAUUUUUUGGUUUCUAUUUUGGGUGAGUGAUGAAUUUGUAUUUAUAUGUUUGUAUUUUUUGAACCUCAAUUCGUAUGGGCACUAUAAAUUGAUACUUAA